GAGGUUCUCGGUAACCUUAAGCAAUAGCAACCAGAAGCCAGCACUGACAAAAUACUCCAAUCGCUGGGAUUGCUGAAACAUAUAUAAAAAGAAGAUAUAUAAAUUAGACUUUUCAUUUCUGCAAAUUCAUCUGAUUCACACCAAAGCAUUCAGGACCAUGGACAGCAUCAGAUCAGUCGUAUACCUGAGCAUCUGUCUCUCUUUACUGUUCGUCUGUCGGGGUCAGAUGUCAAUGAAUAAUCAACUCUCCGAACAAGAGGAACAAUUCAUCAAAAGAGAUCUGGCUGAGGCUCUCGACCAACUUUUGGAUGGAGAUCAAGAGCAGCGGUUAUCUGUGGAGAAAAAAGCCAGCAUCAUACCAAGGUGUGAUGUGGGUGAGCGUUGCGCUAUGAAGCAUGGACCACGCAUCGGGCGGUUAUGUGACUGUCUGCGGGGAACUGCCUGCAAUACUUUCUUCCUGCGCUGUUACUGACAGACUCUCUUCAUCCUCAGACACUGUGCGAAUAAACUCAUCAAAAUUUGUUUAACAAGUGCAUUUCACGCGUCAAUCUAAGCGCGAUGUAUUAAAAGCGUACUGUUGUAUUGCGCGUAAUAAUGAAAUGUUUAAGGUUCACUGAUUUUGAAUAUUAUGUAUAUUGUUUAAAACAUACGUUCUUGUCUUUCCUUUUAAUAAUUUGCGUAUGUUCAAAUAAAACAGUCCAAUGUAUGAAA